AUGACAAGGGACACGAGUGCUCCACAGCCACCCAACAGUGCCCAGGCAGUGGCCAUGAUCCUAAAGAGGGUCGGAUGGCAGAUAUGGGGGCGCCGCCACAGCAACCCUCCCGCUGACACACCCUUCAGUCCGCCUCGCUACACAGCUACACAGCUACACAGCUGCCUAGCUACACAGCUAAACAGCUGCGCAAUGUGGGGCCGCCUGAUGGCAGCCUUCGUACAAGAGGCGCUGGACUUGCCGGAACCGCCGGCACCAUCGCCGGCGGAAACUAGAGCCGCUUCAGGGCAACACAGCCCGCCGGGGGUCCUCCGGGGUAGGCAGGUGGGGGGAGGAGGGGUAAAGCGAGCACCAAGGGAAUGUAGGGUUGAGGAGUGGUUGGAGUCGGCAGGUGGCUGCCGUGAGGGCGCGGAUGAGGUGCCCAGGAGGGGCCGUACUUCUAAGUUCGUGCGUGCUGCAGGGCUGCUGAUUCCUCUCGAGGUACGAGAUUCAAGGGUCCUCGUGCUGCCGGGCGUGGCCUGGUCGCCGGUCGCAAUGGCGUGCUGCACACACAAUUGCAUAAAUACACACCCGCCAGUCGACCCCGUGCGAGUACGCGUUGUGGAGCUCUUGGGGCAAGUAGUUUGUUCGCUCGUAGAUGUGUCUCUCUGUCCGCCGCCGGGGGACUCGAACCCUAAGUAA